CAUUUGCCUCUCACACAUCAUCUAAUCACACACUUCAUGAACAACCAACCAGUCUCAACAAUAGCCUGUUGAUGGGCGACUGUCACGGUCAUCAGCGCGCGCUUUCCAAGAUCCGAUCCUUGGACCUUUCUCCGCGAGAUUAGAUUCCCAAUAAUAUAAAAGUGACCGUUAUCGCUGCGGUGCGGCCAUUAGUUGCGUCAACUCCGCGUCCAAGCCAUCACCGAUCAUGAAGGUUCAGUACGAUCUGGAGGGUGGCCAGCUGAACCAGUCCCGCUGGGCUUGCUCCAAGUUGGUCCUGGGAGCGGUGCUGCUGGUCUUGCUGAUGCUCGGGUCAGCUUUUGCGUCAAUUUGGUUCCAGCGGUACUACUGGGAGGAGGAGCAGCGGCACGUGACGGAGAAAGCGGUUCAGGAUAUUUCUACGAGUACAGUUUUGGUGGAAUCAAGCAGUAGCGGGGAUCACGGUGAAGUUGACGUUCAGGAAGUUGCGUUUUUCGAGGUCAACCUGGACGAGCACGGGCUGUCGGUCAACGUGAACCAGGACAACGGAACACUGCUCUCGAUUACGGAAGCUUCGAGUGACCUGCUAAAGGAGUUUGCGGGAUUAGUUCUGGUCGAAGCUUUUGCCGCUGUUCGUGGGCUGCAGGAGGCAAACAAUGCAAAGCACGUGGAGAUUCCGGAGCUACCCUCGGUGGAAGCCAGCACGGAGGAGAUCUGGAGCUGGAGUACGCACGAAGGUCACGACGGGUUCCGGAUUCGGUUCGACAACGGGGAGUGGAAGUUUGAGGCCGUUAGUCGGGAGGAGAGUCAUGAAGAGCCGGAUUCGAAAGAUGAGCAGAGUUCGGACUCUGCCGAGUCUGGCCUGAAUGAGUCGAAAGCGGUGAAGGAGGGGCAGCAGCAAACGACGGAAGGAAGCACAGAAGAGGUCUGGAGCUGGAGUUCUCAGGGCUUCAGCGGGUUCCGGAUUCAUUUCACCGACGGAAAGUGGUCGUUUGAAGCUGUUAGUCGUGAGAGCGAGGAAGUGAGCGGUGGUGAUAACAGUGAAUAAUUUCUAAUAAAAUCUGAAUUGAGUGUCCAAUAGUAUACUAAAGAAAAAGUUUUGCUCAAAGAAAUUGUUUCAAUUAGUUAUAAAAAAAUGUGUUAAAUUAGAUUUUUGACCAAUAAGCUAACUUUAUUUCACCCUUAAAUAAAUUCUAAUCGAUUUUUGGCUGGUCACCCUCCACUACUGGUUGCGCUGAACGUUGCAUUCCCUCCGGUCGAGUUGCUCGAUCCAGCCUGCAGAGGGCCAAUGGCAUGGCGGUGGAUGAAAAACCCAAUCAGCAGUAUCACGAACAAAAUCACCAAAAUUUUCAGCACCAGCCAUACUGUCGUCAACAGGCAGCAAUCCUUGACUUUGGCGUUGCCAAGCUUGGUGUAGCCUUCCUCCAUUAUGAUUGAGUCCAUGCUUUGAUUGUAAAUGAUUUUUCGAAACUCUUGGCCACUUUCACUAUGCUCUUCUAAUAACUCUGCUUUCAUUACAUCUGCGUCGGAAGGCGAC